UAGCGUAGCAGCAGCUCUGCGUCUCCCUCCAGCGGCAGAUAUUGUGCGUUUCACACAAAGUGGAGCACAACAAGGUGGACCACGCCAAGUAACGGGAUUUUACUCCGAUUUGCACCUCUUCUAUCAAACCGGUCAUCGGAGUGCUGCAGUGCCAAACCUGCCCGGCUUUAUUCUGAUCAUCUCUGACAUCUAAAGUGUCACGUUCAACCAGCACACGUGUCAAAGCAAACUCCAAACAAGACAUGGCAUCUCCGAAGACUUUGCGAGAGUGGUGCCUCCUCACAUGCGCCUGUUACCCCAACGUGGAGAUAAAGGACAUGUCAACCUCGUUCAGGGAUGGACUUGCCUUUUGUGCCAUCAUCCACAGGCACCGACCUGACUUGAUAGAUUUCAUCUCCCUGUCCAAAGAUAACGUCUAUCAAAAUAACAAACUGGCAUUUGAUACCGCAGAGAUAAAGUUGGGCAUCCCUGCACUGCUGGACCCAAAGGACAUGGUUUCCACCAAGGUGCCUGAUAGUUUGAGCGUCAUCACCUACCUUUCCCAGUACUACCACUUUUUCAACAGGAAAUCUUAUGCUGGUCUUGCCAGUUUGAGGUCAUCACAUGUCACGGUGUUAAACAACAACACAAAGGCCAAAGCUCCUGAUGGUCUGAAAUUCCGCAAGAGCUUGACUGAUCUCGAAACCAGCAAAGAUCUCAUGUCCAACACGAAGCCACGGACGGUGUGUAAUUUGUGUUUUAAGCCUGUCCACCUCAUACAGAGACAUUUGAUUGACGGAAGAGUCUACCAUCGCAGCUGUUUCAGGUGCAAAGUGUGCCACAACACUCUUUUAGCAGGGUCUUACACAAAGGGAAGUGAUGCUGGCUCCUUGAUCUGCAGUCACCAUGUAACAGACAGUAAAAACACUCCUGCUGACUUCAAUCAGCAAAUUAGAUCGACUGCGAAUCAGCCCAGACGUACAUCUCAGACAGGUUAUUUUUCUCUUGGUGGAUUGGCUAUCACCAGCAUCCCUCUUUACACUAAGCAAACAGAGUCACAGGACAGACUGGUUUGUAGAAUAGCAGAUAUGGAGGGGGAUGAAAAGGAGGAGUGCAACAGAGAAAACAGAGACUGCACUGUUGAACAAGAGAGCAAGGUAAAGAACCCGGAGCCUCCCACACCCAGUGUUGCAGACAGGACUGUCGAAGGAGCUGAAAACGCUGGACAAGCAGCCAGUCUGGCAGACGGCGAGGUACAGCAGGAAGUGGCAGAGACUCAAGAGCUCGCCAAGCUCUCUUCAUCUUGUGCACAAGUGACAGAAGGAAGUAGUCAGCCAGAUUCAGCACCCAGGCGAAUGUCAGACUCUUCUGCAGUCCCUCGUCCUGCAAGCAGGAAUAAAACUUCCCAGACAACAUCCAGCUACCCCGCUGCAGGCAAGCGUUCACCCAGUGCGACUCACAUACUAACCAGGGAAAGCCUGCAAGUGAAAACCAAACAUCCAUGGCUGACCAUCAUCCAUCCUGGACCCUGGACACAGCUGCCUCCCGCCGCAGCUCCAGUUCCCAUUGCUCGAUCCAAAUCUGUCUCUAAUCUGCAGACGUCAUGGUGCAGACCCAAAGUGCCUGGUCCCAAUCCAUUUGCAGAGGAUGUGGAUGAGGAAACACACGAAGAGGACACUAAACCUGAGCCUGCAGACCAAACUGACCCCUCAGUGGCACUUAUCCUUUUAGGGAACGUAAGCAAUCUGGGUGGAGUUACUAACACAGUGUGCACUUCAAGCGAUCCAGUUGGAGAUACUAGUCAAAGUAGUUUAUCAGGUUUGGGUGAAACUGGAAAGACUGGAGGUUUACUAACAGAUGUGACCGGACUGCAUGCCACUUCAGAUGAAACACGGAGUGCCAGUUUAACCAGGAGUCUCUCUGUGCCGGCUAUCAAAUCUGCUAACGGUCAAAGCUCCUUUACAGCUGUUGCCAUGACAGAGGCAAAUGACUCAGGUCAGGCUGUUCAGGUCACAUCAUGCCAAAGUAAGCUGGCCUGCAAAGAGAACCCUUUUGAUCGAAAGCCUGGAAUGUCCAAAUCAAAGGUCGCCCCAUCUGAACAGGCUCCUGCCCCUGGACAUGGCUUCCCACUCAUCAAGAGGAAGGUACGGACAGAUCAGGAUAUUUCCACAGAAGACCUACAGGCGCAGAUGAACGAGUUGGAUAAACAUCUGGCAGCACUGGAACAAAGAGGAGUUGAACUGGAGAGGAAUCUGAGAGACUUAAAGAAUGAUAAAGAGCAGGAACAAAUGCUAAUGGAGUGGUUCUCUCUUGUCCAUGAGAGGCAUGUUCUGCUGCGCAGAGAUACAGAGCUGGUCUAUCUGACAAAGCAGCAGACCUUCGACGAGAGACAGGCAGAUGUGGAAUAUGAGCUCAGAUGUCUCCUUAAUAAACCAGAGAGCGACUGGAGUGAGGACGAUCGAGGUCGAGAGCAGCAGCUGAUGGAGGAGCUUGUCGCCAUCAUUGAGCAGAGGAACGAGAUCAUCAGCAACUUGGAUCAGGACAGGCAGAGGGAAAGAGAAGAAGAUCUAAUUUUGGAAGACAUGAUGAAGAACAAAGAGUUCCAGAAAGAAGAACUAAAAGAGAUAAAGAAGUCAAAAGGAAAGUUCCGGGCCUCCAAAGUUUUUAAGAUGCUGAAUCAUAAAUCAGAGAGAAGCAAAGACUCCACGGACAAAAAGAGCUGAAGUACCAUGAGUCAACAACAAACUUGUUUCUAUGUGAUAAAAGUGUUUAUUGUGUUCAUAAACAAAGUAAAUGCCUGAUUUCCCCGGUUAAAUUAGGUUAUUAAUACGUUUUCUCUCCCAUUCGUUUAUUACUUUUUUUAUUUUAUUACAUACCUGUAUUAGUUGAAUAAUACAAUAAAUAUUUAUUUGGCUACAUUUUGUG